UUUUUUACCUUAAUUCUGAAGCAAAAGGAGAAAAAAAGGUUCAAUUUCUUCAUCUUCUCUGAUCUCAUGGCUUCACUGAUUUCUACCCUCUGUAUCUUCUUCUUCUUCAAUAUCAGUCUUACCCCAGUUCUUGGUGAAGUGAUCUUUGAAGAUGGUUACUCAGUCAGCACAGUGAUUGAUGGCAACAAGAUCAAUAUUAACCCUCGCUCCAUCAUCCCUGUAUCUGAUGAUACCCAUUUCAUCAUUCUUGAUUCCUCUGCUAGUACUUUUUACACAUUAUCAUACAACAAAGACUCAGAUAUUUCUGUUACUAAGUUAACUGGUAAUGGCAUUGGCUACGCUGAUGGUUCUCUGGAUAAGGCUAAGUUCAAUAAACCCAGAAGCUUUGCUGUUGAUUCAAAAGGGAAUAUUUAUGUUGCUGAUGUGAAGAACAUGCAUGCAAUUAGAAAGAUUAGCAAGUCAGGUGUUACUACAAUAGCAGGAGGUUAUUCAAAAACAGAAGGCCGUGCUGAUGGACCUGGAUUAAAUGCUUCAUUCUCAAAUGAUUAUGAGCUUUCUUUUACUCCUAAAAGAUGCACUCUAAUGAUCUCUGACCAUGGCACUAACUUAGUCCGUGAAAUACAGCUUAAGGCCGAGGAUUGUUCAAGAGAUUCUCAUUCUGAUCUAAGAGCAGUUUCUACAUGGUUCUUAACCGUUGGGAUUCCCUGCUUGGUCUGCUUGAUUAUCGGGUUGAUCAUUCGUCCUUAUGUUAUCCCAAAUGAUCACAGCAGUCGUCUUCAGCACAUGACAUGGAAGCACUUCCUAAUCAAUCUGGAGAGACAAGUUCUGAUGUUCUGCUUCGUCAUCAGAAGCGUAAUUGUUGAUUCAAAAAUCUAUUCACUCUUAAGGCAGCUCGUAUUGCUUAGUUUCUCCCAUCUACGUCUAAUGUUUAGUCCUAAAGUAGUAGUUUUAGCACGCCAGACUUCUCGUAGACAACCAGCACCUCUCAUAAAUUUUCAUGACUGUGAAAGCAAAGAAUCACCAAACUCGCCAGUGAUAGCUAACAGUUUAGAAGAUCUGAUAACUUUUGAUGGAAGUUUAAACAACUCUGAGCUGACUGCUAAUCAAGAUGAUGUGGUUAAGGAAAGUACCAAUGUUUCUGUUGUAGAUAGCAUGAUAUUAGCUAAUAUAAAAGUGUUUGCAGAGCAAGGGAAUGCUUCUUCAGGCCCUGAAGUUUCUAAGAGCAUUUUGAGCUUGGUUAACCAAAAAAAGAAAGUAAUUUAAUGAAGUCUAGUAGUAGUAUUAAUGUAUUAUUAACUUUUGCAAGUGUUUUGAAUGUUGUCUAUUUGCUACAAUUUCCAUGUACAUAGUAGGACAACUGGACAAGCAAAUGACUCAGCUCCUUUUAAGUUACUAUUUCUAUUGUGUUUCUUGUUUCAAUGAAGUGAUGCCUCAUAUGGAAAAUUUAUUC